AUGGAGAAUGAUAUGAGGGAUUUGUCUCCCCGUGGGGGCCCAAUGAUGAACCCCAUCAUGCCAACACCCCCAGCCAUCCACCCAUCUUUUAUACAGGUGGCCAACCCAUACAUCUUCGAACAAACAAUCCAGAGCUGCAUUGAGUCAAUGGGUGUCAGUCCCACUCGCGAGAACUCCUUGCGUCUUCAAGGCGUGACGUGGAUUGACAAUGUGCGGAAAGCGCUCAAUCUACCUAUUCGGACUUUCAACACUGCUGUGGGAUACUAUCACCGAUUCCGGUUGAUGCAUCCAGAUAAUGAGUACCUCUUCGCGGAUGCGGCAGCAGCAGCUUUGUUCACGGCAUGCAAGAUUGAAGACACGCUCAAGAAGUCCCGAGAUAUUGUCUGCGCUGCGUAUAAUCUCAAAUUAUCACCUUCAGAGCACCUGGCAGCAGAUGACCCUAUGUUUGAGUCAAAUGCACGUGGAGUUAUCGGCCUUGAGCGCCUAAUGCUAGAAGCUUCUGGCUUUGACUUCCGAACUCGGCAUCCACAGAAGACUCUGAUGAAGCUGGCGCGGCACUAUGGUUUCCCGCAAGGAUCAGAAGUUUCCAAUCUCGCCUACCGUAUUUCAAUUGAUCUUUACCGCACAUUUUCACCCAUCAAGCAGAGCUCGUCAACGAUGGCUCACAGCUGCCUCGAGCUUGCGGGGCGACUCUUGGACCAGCGCAUCGAGCCGGUCGAGGUCGGUGCAGACUAUGCGCAUUGGCAAACAAAUCGCAUGGAUGUCAUGGAGACGAUCCUCGACCUACUCGAAUUGUACACUCACUUCCGCAGCCAAACAACCGUCGGGCCAGAGUUCCUCCCAGAUAGAUUCUUGACCGUCCGCAUUCCACUCAACCAAGAAGCAAGCACACAGCACAUCCCACGACACGCCCCGUGGGUUGACCAACCACGGCAAUCAGCCAAUGGCACCGCCAACCACACAGAUCACCGCUCAAGACCGGCUCAUCCCCUGAUCCCCGUUGCUGCCAAUGACGAUCGUCAACGGACAGGCGAGCGAGGCCGUGAUGCUGCCGUGCGGUUCACGAUUGACCCGGUUUGUGCAGAUGAUGAGAGGCGGCAGGUUGUGAGAUAUUUCAAUGUUGAGAUGGAGGAUUAUGAGGUUGAAAUGUAG